AUGACUUCUACGGGGAAUAUUCCUUCCGAAAGGGUCGCAAGUCUUCGCCAAUAUCUGGUACCUCUUCAUUUGUGUUCGAGAGGCGUCGAUUGUAGGGCGAUGACUCACGACGAGAAGGUGCAUAAGGACCCACACAACUUCCAGCCAGAGCAUUUCCUUAACGAAGACGGAAAGCCGAACGACGAUGACCGUGUCUCUGCUUAUGGGUUCGGGCGAAGGUUCUGCGUCGGCGAAUAUGUUACAAGCUCAACGAUGUGGGUCAUCGCGUCAACUCUGGCCUGCUUCAACAUAGGCAAGGUGAAGGACGACUAUGGGAGAUCGCGAGUACGAUGA